AUGGAUAUAAUUGGCAGAAAACCAACUGUUAUUGCGGGUUCAGAAGAUUAUUUAUUAGAUAUCCAAGAACAAAUAAAUAAAAUAAAAGAAAGUAACACUCCAUCAACUCCUGGAGAAUCAAGAAUACUUAAACGCAAAAAUACUGAAAUAAUACAGCUCAAUAAUAUACACGAAGAAAAAUCAUGUAAUGAAAAGUAUUUAUUUAAAUCCGAAAGCCAAUGACGAGUUUUAUGAGAUUUAUUAAUUAUUAUAUCUGUUUUAUAUGAAGGCUUUAUUAUCCCCUUUUCAAUUGCUUUUAAUUACACACUUGAAGGCUCAUUUAUGUACUUACUCCAAACCCUCCUUGAGCGGACUAAACCAUUGGAAAAAUCACUAUUUUUUGCCCGAAAGCCCACCCUCUGUUUGCGAACAAAAAGUUUUUUAAUAUUAAUUUUUUUCUGAAAAAAUAAAUUGAUAUAUAAAUGAUGAAAAGUUGAGCUAAUUCUACUUAAUUGCAUUUUAAAACAUAAAUUUUGCAAAUUGGGUUUUUUUAAAUUUCGAACAAAAAGACUAUAAAAUUUAUAUAACCCCUCACCGUGAGCGAACAGAACUUUUUUGUUCGCUCAUAGAGUGGGUGAGUUAGAAAUAUCGCUUUCACUGAUAUUUUUUAUUGAUAUUGCUAUGAAUUUUAAUACAACUUUUUUCAGGAGCGGAGUUAUGAUAAGCAGCAGAAAAACUAUUGCAAUUAAUUAUAUAAAAAGCUGGUUUGCACUAGACAUGGCAUCUUCGUUUCCUUAUGAGGCUAUUAUAUCUGGAUCAACAAAUACUUUUAAAAUGCUGAAAUUGAUAAGAUUUGUGAGGAUCUUCAAGCUAGCUAGAAUAUUGAAAUUGAGAUCAAUUUUUGUUAAGAUUGAAGAAAUCAUAUCAAGCGAAUUAUUUUCAGUGCUUAUUAUGACAACCUGAACAGGCUUAGCAAUAUUGUUUAUUGCUCACUGAUCGGCAUGCACAUUUUAUACGUUCAGCAAUUAUGCAAAACAUUUAUCAUAUAAUUCUUUUAUAUACAAUAUAGAAUUAGAAGAAGAAAUGCAGAUUUCUUUACAAGAAAAAUACAUAACGGCUCUUUAUUGAGCUUUUACCACUAUGUAUACAGUCGGAUACGGAGAUUUGCACGCUUUGAAUCCUUAUGAAAGAUUUAUUUCUAUCAUUUGUAUGGCGAUCACAUGUGGGUAUUAUGCCUAUCUUUUAGGAAAAAUUAGUAGCAUUGUAAUGACUUCCCAUCAGGCUGACCAAAAAAAAAGGGACCUUAUAAUUGGUGUCAAAAGAUAUAUGAAAAAGCUAAGGCUGCCAUUAGAAUUACAAAAUAAGGUUAAAAGAUAUAUUGAUUUUGUAGGAUACUCCCAGGAAUCUUCUAUAUGUGAAGAUGACGUUCUAAAGCUUUUAAGUGAUAACUUAAGAGAUGAAAUUUCUUCAAGGACGCAUGGAAAAGUCUUACUCUUAUGCAAAACUUUUCCCAAAUUUUUUUCACUCACUCCCCCUUUAAAUUGAAACAAAAAAUUUUUGUUUCAAUUUAAAGGGGGGUUAAGAAAAUUUUUUUAUAAAAAAAAUUAUAUAUAUAAAAUUUUUUCAGAGAUAAAAUUUUAUAGAAAAUAAAUUAUAUAAAUUUAAAGAGACAAUAAAUUGAACAAUUGGACAAAAUAGAGUUUAAUUUCUAAAUCUUAUAUGUUUGAAGCAUAUUAAAUAGGGUAUUAACGUAUUUACAUAUAAAAUAAUGAUUUUUACCUAUAAAAUUUUCUAUUAUAAUAAAAAUUUUGUUUCAAUUUAAAGGGGGGGUAAAUUCCCAAAAAAGUAGGAAUUUUACCUAUAUUUUGUUUCAAUUUAAAAGGGGGGGGGAGUCAGCUCAAUCACUUCUAUAACAAAACUUUUAAGGCUCGAAACCUUUGCACCUGGAGAUGAAAUCUUAGAGGAAGGUGAAAGAAGCCGCAAACUUUAUUUCAUUACCUCAGGAUCUGUAAAUAUUUUUCAUCAAAAUACAGGCUGCACUUACAUUAUCCUUAAUAAAAACAAUAUUUUUGGAGAAAUCGGGUUUUUUGCAGGUCAUAGAAGAACUGCUUCAGCUCAGUGUGAAAAUUUUACUGAAGUCUUGACUCUUGAAUGGGUCAUGGUUAUCGAAAAGCUUCAAAAACAGCCGGAAAUUUUUGAACUUUUUCGUUACUUCAAAUCAUCAUGUGAGGAUAGCAAUUAUAAAAUUUUGGGUAUAAAAUGCUAUUUUUGCAAUGAAAAAGGCCAUGUCGCAAAAAAAUGCACAAAUAUGGUUGUUAGCUCGAGAGUGGAUAUGAAGACUAUUGAGCAGUACAGAGCAAGGCAUAGGAUGAUAAAUCCUCAUAUGGGGACUGGGCCAAAGAGAAAAAUUAGAAAUUUUAAAUACAAAUUCAAUAAAAUCAAUAGAGUGGGGUUAAUGAGGGAGCCUGAAGAGCAAUUUCCUGAAAAUCUUAAAUUACAGAAGAAGAUUUAUGAUUAUAAAAAGAAGGAUGAACCGAAAACACCAUACAGACGUGAAAGGAAAGCGAGCGUGCAAGUGAUUUGUGAUGACUCUGAUGAGGAAGAGAUUAAAGAUGCACUAUUAAUUGAUACUAAAAAGCAUAAUGAUGAAUCCACAUACUUAUGCGAUGAUCCUUCAAAUGCAUCAUCGUAA